GGAUUAAUAAAGCUAGGCCUGAAUUAUUAGAAGUUCAAAUAAUUCCACAAAGUGAAUAUACACCAAGACUUGGCCGACCUAAAUAUGAACUCUUGAGCAACUUUUCUUUGCAAUGGCACCCCAAAUGAUGCCCACACCAAUUAUCAUCAUCACCUCUCUCCUCUUAAUUCUCUCAAACACAGCCUCCUCUCAACAGCAAUUCAGAGAAGCACCUCAGUUCUACAACUCCCCCAUUUGUCCUCCACAAUCUGAAACAAACACUUAUUCAAUUUGCUCAGAUAAUGCAGUACACGUGGCAAUGACCCUUGACGCCACGUACCUCCGCGGCUCUAUGGCCGCCGUUCUCUCCGUCCUCCAACACUCCUCCUGCCCGGAAAACACCCACUUCCACUUCAUCACCACCGCCUCCGCCGCCACCCGCCACCACCGCCUCCUCCGCCUCACCAUUUCCCAAUCCUUCCCUUCCCUCAACUUCCGCCUCUACCACUUCAACACGGCCGCUGUGGCCGGCCUCAUCUCCACCUCCAUCCGGGCGGCGCUCGAUUCCCCUCUCAACUAUGCUCGCAACUACCUCGCCGAUCUCCUCCCCGAAUGCGUCCGAAAAAUCGUCUACCUUGACUCCGACCUCGUCCUCGUCGACGACAUCGCCAAACUCGCCGCCACGCCGCUCCGGCGCCGCGUCCUCGCCGCGCCGGAGUACUGCAACGCCAACUUCACGUCCUACUUUACGCCGUCGUUUUGGUCCAACCCAUCUCUUUCCUCGACAUUUACGGAUCGAAAAGCCUGUUAUUUCAACACGGGUGUGAUGGUUAUUGAUCUCGAGAGAUGGAGAGAUGGGGACUAUACUAGGAAGAUUGUCGAAUGGAUGGAGUUGCAGAAGAGAAUGAGGAUUUAUGAAUUGGGUUCUUUACCGCCAUUUUUGCUGGUUUUUGCCGGGAAUAUUGCUCCGGUGGAUCAUAGGUGGAACCAACAUGGGCUCGGAGGAGAUAAUUUCCGGGGACUUUGUCGAGAUUUGCACCUCGGUCCGGUAAGCCUUCUGCAUUGGAGUGGGAAGGGGAAGCCGUGGGUGAGACUCGAUGCGAACUGCCCAUGUCCUUUGGAUGCUCUCUGGGCACCUUAUGAUCUGCUCAAAACACCAUAUCUUCUUGACUCUUAAGAUUUUGGUUGGUGAGAAACAAUUCAGAGAGAGCAGAGAUGAAAGCCGGAAGCCUGCUUACUUUGUUGUAAAUGGUAGUAAAAGAGGAGUAAGAUCAUCUAUCCCACUCUUCAUCAUAUUGUUAUGUUAUCAAAAUCAAUGACCGGAAAGAGUAUGGUACAGAUACUCUUGCAACGCACUUAAAGAUGGGGCAUGGUUGUUGUAUAGAUUACACAGUUAUUAAAAGAUCACAUAAAGGAUCUAUUUUUGGCUCUGUUGUACAAGAGAACAGUUAAUUACAGUUAAGAAUUACUAGAGAAGAAAAAAAGGUCAUUUCUUUUUGUAUGUUUCUUCUUUUGGAUCAGUGACACUGAAAUGUGUAUGUGAAUAGAUUUACUUAAUCGCUU